AUGAAAAAGACAAAAGCGCAAACACUACCUACUGAGGCAGCGGCGUCGCCAUCUAUCAAUGAAACAACCACGGCGUUAGGAAGGCCAGAAGCGUUACUAGAGAAGAGCCAACACGAUAUGGAAAGCUCCACGAGUGAAGAAAUGGACGAUGAGGAUACAGUGUAUCCCACCUGUCUCAAGGCCGCCUCAAUAAUGAUUUCUCUCUAUUUAGCUAUCUUCCUCGUGGCAUUGGACCGGACAAUUAUUGCUACCGCUAUUCCACAAAUUACCGAUGAGUUCAAUUCUCUGAGCGACAUUGGGUGGUAUGCAAGUUCCUACAUGAUGACCAGCUGUGCGUUUCAGCUCUUCUACGGAAAACUAUAUGUCUUCGAUCCCACAAAAUGGGGGUUUCUCUCAGCCAUCAUGCUAUUCGAGAUUGGGUCUGCUAUUUGUGGAGCAGCACCCAACUCAGUCGCUUUCAUAUGGGGGCGGUCGAUUGCCGGGUUUGGCUGCUCCGGCAUCUUUUCCGGGGCUAUUGUUGUGAUGGUCCCACACAAUCCCGCUCGCAAAGAGGCCCUUUAUUCCAGGGUCUUUUCGGUGCCAUUUUUGGCAUUGCAUCCGUUGUUGGCCCGCUUAUUGGAGGAGCAUUCACUACUCAUAUCACUUGGCGCUGGUCCUGUUGUGAGCGAUAAAGACACGGAAAUAUGCAGAUUCCUUGAUGAGCAAUGCGGUAGGUGUCAGUUCAGUCACCAAGGUAACAAGACCAAAGACGAACAUGGGAUUGAACCUCCACAACAAUUCUCCUCCGACCAGUCCCAAACAGCAGCUGCGAGAGUGUUUGUACCAUAG